AUGGACAUCGAUGUACACCCGCUUACGGAUAAUCCGACAGAAGCUUGGUUAGAAUUAUCCCAGCACCAAAAAGUUAUUAAAAUAAACGCUAAACCACCUGCAGCUGAUGCGCCUACGAAUAAACUGAGAGUUGUCUGCAUGAGUGACACGCACUCGUUGACACCUUUCAUAAAAUUUGACAUUCCACCUGGUGACAUAUUUAUCCACGCUGGGGAUUUUACUAAAUGUGGGAGCUUGCAAGAAGUCAUUGAAUUUAACAACUGGAUUGGUAAUUUGCCACACAAGCACAAGAUAGUGAUUGCAGGCAACCAUGAGUUGAGUUUCGACUCGACAUUCACUCACCCGUUCACUCCGAAAAAUGUCGGAGACCGUCACAAACACACCGGAACGAGUAUUUUAGAUGACAUACCCACUCUAGGAAUGUCCAAAGACACGCUCGCUGAAGCUAUCCAGACGAAAAAUGUAAAAGAUUAUCUGACUAAUUGUGUCUAUUUAGAGGAUUCUGAAAUAGUUUUGUACGGGAUUAAAAUUUACGGAACUCCCUGGCAACCAGAAUUUUGCAAGUGGGCGUUUAAUGUCCCGAGAGGGACUUCGUGUUUAUCUAAAUGGGAUUUGAUACCCUCGGAUACGGAUAUUUUAAUAACACACACUCCCCCGAUAGGUCAUGGUGAUUUAUGUUGCAGCGGAGUCAGGGCUGGAUGUGUUGAAUUACUCACCAGCGUCCAAAAGCGAAUCCAACCAAAGUAUCAUGUCUUUGGACACAUACACGAAGGGUACGGUAUUUCGUCGGAUGGGAAAAUAAUUUACAUAAACGCUUCGACGUGUGAUCUAAAUUAUUUGCCGAGCAAUCCACCAAUUGUCUUUGACAUAACGCUACCCCCAGGGGUAGAAAAAACGUCCGAUUAG